AUGGCGUACAAAGGACAGAAAGUACAGAAAGUCAUGGUACAACCUAUUGUAUCCUCUUAAUUGUAACGAAAAUACUCACAUAUUGAUCAUGUGAAGUGAUGAACUGGCGAAAGAUCGUAGCACGUGCUCCCAUUUGACAUUAAGUAGCUUUAUUUGUCUCGAACGGUCAUGCCAAGAUCUAAGAAGUUUCGAUCCUUUGCGAUUUAUAGUUGUAUGCGUGAAGCAGGGUGAUUAUUUUAUGACGUAACUGUAACUAUUACAGGUUCGAAGGCACAUGCUACGUAAUGUGAGGUGUCUUCGAUUGAAUAAAGGGGGUAAGUUUCGAAAGAAACUGCUCUACGGCGUUGGUAGGGGAGUAUAUCAAGACAAUUUGGUUUCAUCACCUGAGUCUAUAAUUCAAAUUGGCCACCUUAAAGAGUUUCAAAGCUAACGUUUAGAGCGUAAGACUCUCGUCAGGUAGAACUCGGUGACCCUAUAUUCUGUAGUUGCUGAUCAUAGAGCCCUGUUCUUGAGUUAGACAUGUCACUCCUGCAGUGCUUCUAUUUUCCUACAGUAUCACUCACAUAUAAUACAGGGCGGUAAAAUUUCCGCACAGACCCAUACCAUUGUAAAACAAAUCUGUUUCCCAGUGGCAAUGUGUUGUUUUUGUCAUUGUUUUCUCUAUCCGAGAACUGAAUGCAUAAUGUAGUAUGGGGCUGUGGGAAAAUUUUACACUACAGGGUUCCUACUACAGCAUCUACAUGAAGUUCACGUUAAUGGAUUAGAAUCCCAUCCAGGGUGGAAUAGUAAUCCUGGGUAGAUCAUGCCUUGGAAACAGGGAUAAGUCCUUUGCUUAUUUUAAAGACCCCUGACCUUACCCUUUGAAAUCAGGAAAACAGGGAACAAAAUAAAAUGUGUGUAGUUUUUUUUGUGAAUUAUUCAGUCCUGGCAUCACAUUCCCAAAAUGGUGGUUAAUGUGAAUGAUCAGUAUUGUCUGGAUAAUUUACUAAUUUGUGCUAAUAGGAGAUGAUAUUGUUACCUCUUUGCUGUGUUUUCCCCGUACACUCUGUAAGAAUGUUGAUUGAUGUGUACAUUGCUAAUAUUCUGGCAAAAUACAUUUAAUAGGCUUUCUCAAAUUUUGAAUUUGAAUUUCUUGGUAUUUUCCUUAACUUUUUACCCAAACAGAACUUGAUAUUUAGGUAUUUGCAAAAUGUAAGUAUUAUUUUUUUUGUGUGUGUUUUUGUGUGUCAUUUAUGAAUUGCACUGUACUUAAAAAGCAAUUUUUCAAAUAGUAGUUCUUAAAAUGCUGAAAAAUUUAUGGUUUGGGGUAUUGAUAAUUAAUUGAGUCAUGAUAUUUUUAUUUUUAUGUUUUUAUUUUAUUUGAUGUCUUUUUUAUGUUUCCUGUUAUUCAUCAGAGAUCAAGAAUUCAGAUUUGGCUGUAUGAGCAAGUGAACAUGAGGAUUGAGGGCCAUAUUAUUGUAAGUUUCUAGUUAACAAAUUUCUAUAAUUUGAUAUUCUAUGGAUAAGAUAUAUUUUUUGCAUGAUGCUCUUAUUAUUAUUUCACAAAUCAGUGUAUGAGAAAUGGUUUUAUUUUCCCAGUUGCUGUAUCUUAUGUUUUGUAAUGGACCAAACCAAUUUUCUUAUUUUCUUAUCUGCAACAUUGUAGAAGCAAGAAUCUUUUGGAAAUCUGGUUUCUUUUUUUGCCAAUUUCUUUGUUUGGUUACUUUUGUGUUACUCAUUGUACUGAGAAUAGUAUCUUUAUGCAAGAAACUCAUAACCAUCUUCAUGAACUGCAAUUAAAAGAAACCAAUCAGUACUUUAUCUUUGUAAGUCCAGAGGAAUCACAAAAAGAAAAGGAGUAAUAUUUUUUUGAUAUAUUUUUUACAGGGUUUUGAUGAGUAUAUGAAUCUUGUUUUGGAUGAUGCAGAAGAAGUACAUCUCAAAACCAAGAAAAGGAGACCUCUUGGUAUGGACUUUAUUUCUAAAAUAUGUAUAGAAUUGAGUUACUGUAAAAUGACACAAAUGUAAAAGGGAUGGAAUGUUGUUGUGUUUCAAAAAAUAAUUCAAUCAGAUGUUAGGAAACUUCAAAUCUCAAAUAAUAAGGGUUAUUAGUUUGUGGUUUUGAGGUUGUUAGAAUCAAAUCAAAGUCUUGGUGGUAUUUCCAUUUAUAUUCAACUCUUGCAUGGAAGUGAAGUUUUGCUUAUUUAUGCACCACCGUGGAACGUAUUGCCCUUUACAUUCCACCCCACCUCCUUUAAGGUGAUUCCUCAGUAUUGCUCUGUGCAUCCUACACUGGGCAUAAAAAUUAUGUAAUCAGCCAUAUAAGCUUGCACGUAGUUUGAGAUCACUUUAUUGUUUUUCAACUUAUUGACCAGUUAAAGUGGUUAGAUAGUCCUUAGCUCUAAAAUGAGCACACUGACCUAUGUUUUGUUUGGUGUAAUUUUAGUGUACAGAUUACCCCCUUUAAAUUGAAGAAAUAAAAAAAGAUUAAUCGAAAGGAGAAAAAGAUUUACACUAAAAGGUGUGCAUGAAGCCAUUACUUAAGGAAGCAAAUUAUGACCUUGAAAGCAAUGACUCAAGGAACGUUUUGAGUCAUUGUCUAAAAUCGUGUGAAUUUUCUAGAAAUUAUGUAUCAAAUUGUUCCACACUUUCUGGAUACUACCUUGAAGUUUUUGGUAAGUAUCACUUAUGGAAAAACCUUUGCUUCUAGCUACUGCAAAAUGUGCCAUGAACCCUUGAAAUGAUGCGCAUGAUUAGUGAAUUUGGCCCAACAUAUCUCUUUAACAAGCACAGUGACCUAUCUUUUUUAUUGUAUUUUUCAAAAUAGACAUUGGUAGGGAACAUUUAAGGAGAUGAAAAAUAAAACAACCCUUUUUUCUAAGGAAUCACCUUAAAUUUCAAUGACCCCCCAAAAAUCUGAAUGACUAUUUUCCAUCUGGUGAAAUAGGGAAAUAAGUUAAAUUUGCUGUCUUUUUUUUUGUCUUGUGUUCUUCUUAGGAAGGAUAUUGUUGAAAGGAGACAAUAUUACCCUCCUCAUGAAUACAGAAGCCAGCUGAUUAAUGCAUCAUCCAUGCAUGUAUUGAGCUGAAGAUCAAGAGAAAUGCUUUUUGGAACAGAUUUGAUAUUUCUUUUAGCCGUGAAACCUAGUAACACUACUGAAAGGGCUUGUAACCUUUGUUAAGAACUUUAAAUGUAACUUUUGUACGUACAGGGCGUGACAUUUGUAUUUGAUUAUGAGUAACUGUAGCUAUGUAGUUCCGCACAAUCGACCAUUCACACCCAAAAUGUAGAAGUCUCUCGACAUUUGUUUUCAACCAGUGAAAUGUAAUGAUGUGUCUUUUUUCCAUGCCAUAUGUCUCAACCUGCUUCAGUCUCAUUUGUAAAGUUCAUCGUUUUACUCACGCUCAGAAAAAAAAAAAAAUUUUAUGUGAAGUUUUCUUCAUUUUAACGCUCCGAAUGCCAAACAACAGUAGUUGUUCGAAAGCUGAAAGCUCUUAACUGUGACAUCUGACGUCUACAUAUAAAGGGCAGUGAGAUAUUUGUAGCUUGCCUUCGUUUCUGUUUCCCAUUGCAUUUGUAUUGGGCAAGAUACUUCCAAGAAACUUUUUUUACACAUGACUCGUAGCUUUGCAAAACACAAGUCGGAAAAUUUAACAACUAGCCUGGUUGCAUAACCAAAACCUUUUCUCAAGAUAUUGAAAUGAAAUUAUCAACCCUUUUGAUAAGGGAGCCCUCAUCUUAAUGCCUCGGAAAGAACAAUUAGGGCUUUUAUAAAAAGUGUGUUUGGGAAGCUUCCCGCGUGUUUAUCCAAUAGUUUUAGUGAGGUAUUUUUUUAUCGCUGCCACUGUGCUC